GAAGUAGAAGGGACGGGACCAAUAUAGCUCAGAGAAUGUUUUAUCCAAGUUUAGCCUAUUCUUGGUAGGGGCUAUUAAGAAGGGGUUAUAUGUUGGUUCAGUCUAGAGGAAGAAGAGAAAUUUGACCAACAUUGAUUAACAAGCAGUUUGCUUUGAUAUAUCAGUGUGUGGCUCACAGCUCAGCUAAUCAUUUGUAAGGCAGAGAUUGAGAAUUUGGAGGACCGGUGUCUGGCCUUGUCAUAGGAUAACAAGGACUUGGGUAAAACUCAACAUCAUAAGUCCCUUGGAGAAUUGCAUUUAUUGAAAUACAACUUGACCUCAGUCUUUUGGUCUGCCUUCAGAAUUAGCUCUAUAAAUCUUGCUUUACUGCUUUGAAGGUUUAAGGUAAGAUGUUCCACUUACAAGGCCCACAAGUGCUGCAGAUGCUAGAGAAAUCAUUGAGGAAGAGCCUCCCAGAGUCCUUAAAGGUUUAUGGGACUGUCUUCCACAUGAAUCAGAGAAACCCAUUCAAGCUAACGGCCCUCGUGGACAAGUGGCCUGACUUUACAACAGUGGUUAUCCGACCUCAGGAGGAGGAAAUGACAGAUGAUUUUGAUUACUACACCAACACCUACCAAAUCUAUUCUAAGAAUCCCCCAAACUGUCAAGAAUUCCUUGGCGCAUCGGGUGUCAUCAACUGGAAACAACAUUUGCAGAUCCAAAGUUCACAGUCCAGCCUGAACGAAGUGAUACAAAAUCUUGCAGCUGUUAAACUGGUCAAGGUCGAGCAACAACAAGGGAUUAUGUAUAUGUUGCCCGAGAGAGCAAGUAAACUGCUCCCUUCCUUGCUGGAGGCAAAGAACUUACCUCUUAAAUCUGGCAGACACAAAGUCAUCAACCAAGAGAUGUUUCAGCUCUCCUCCCUGGACGUUACCCAUGCUCCGUUGGUGAAUAAAUUCUGGCAUUUUGGGGGCAAUGAGAGGAGCCAGAUGUUCAUUGAGCGCUGCAUCCGGACCUUCCCCACCUUCUGCCUGCUGGGGCCUGAGGGGACCCCGGUGUCCUGGAGCCUGAUGGACCAGACAGGCGAGAUACGGAUGGGGGGUACUGUGCCUGAGUACCGGGGCAAGGGUCUCAUCUCCUAUCUCAUGGAUGUUCACAUCCAUGCUCUGGACAAACUUGACUACCCUAGCUAUUACCAUACAGCUUUAACCAACAAAAUCAUUCAGAAAAUGAGUCACAGUCUGAAUCAUAUCACCCUGCCUUGUAACUGGAACCAGUGGCACUGUGUGCCACUGUGAAGCAAUCCUGAGCACAAGACCGAGUUGGGUGGGCUGAUGUGGCAGGAGAAGUGGUUGGGCGGACAGGGAGAAAGAACAAACUGUAAUCAGUAGUAAAGUGAUAUGUGUUGUCUGGGCUCUGAGAAGCAGUACAAAUGGUCAACAGAACCACCACAGUCCCUGUUCUCAAACCAGGUCAACAGAACCACCACAGUCCCUGUUCUCAAACCAUUCAUGUAGUACUCCCCUUUGGGUCUGGAAGAUCUGGCAUGGCCAGACCUUCCUGCGGCAGACUCCGGUCUUGUUCAGUUUCCUACACUUCUGGAUCUCAGUGAUACUCUUUUCCGCUACAUUCUGCCCUCCUGCUUCUCCUGGAUCGCCUAUCUUACAAGCGAGGUAUUGCUAAUAAGCAUAUCCUGCCACUUUUGCCAAGAUGUGACAUUAUCUCAAGGGUAGUAUAAUUUUCCUCUCUCUUGCCUUUACCCUCCCGCUCCCUGCCCUACCCUCAACUAGCUUCACUGAGGUAUAAUUCACAAUUAACACUGUAAUGUAAAGUGUAAAAAGUGGUGAUCACACACACACACACACACACACACACACACACGUUGUGAAAGACCUCCCAUAACCAAGUUGAUUAAAAUUACCUGACCAUAUAUACAUGGGUUUAUUUCUGGGAUCUCUAUUCUGUUCCAGUAAUUUAUGUGUCUGCUUCUAUGCUGAUAUCAAACUCUUUCGAUUAUUAUAGUUUUGUAACAUAGUUAAAAGUCAUGAAGUAUAACGUCUCCUGCCUUGUUUUUCUUUCCCAACAACUUUUUGGUAUUUGGAGUCUCUUAUGGUUCCAUACAAAUUUUAAGAUUAUUUUUUCUAUUUCUAUCAGAAUUUUGGUAAGGAUUGCCCUAAUAAGGACUGCUUUUGGUGGAAUGGACAUCUGCACAAUAAUAAUUUUUCAGUCCAUGAACACAGAAUCUUUUUCCAUUUAUGUGCAUCUUCUUACACUUCUUUCAUUAAUGUUUUAUAGUUUUCAGUGUACAGAUCUUUGACCUUCUUGAUUAAAACUAUUCCUAAGCAUUUUUUUCUUUUUGUUACUAUUAUAAUUGGUACUUUCUUAAUUUCUCUUCUUCACAAUUGUUAGAGUCUAGAAAUACAACUCAUUUUUGUAUCCUGACUUUGUAUUCUGCAACUCUACUGAUUUGCUUCUUAGUUUUAGUAGGUUUUUGUGGGGGGAAUGGAAUCUUUAAGGUUUUCUAUACAUAUGAUAAUGUUAUCGGUAGAUACAAUUUCACUUCCUCCUUUCUUACCUGGAUGACUUUUAUCUCUUUUCCCAACCUGCAGUGCUAUAUUGAAGAUAAGUGGCAAGAGUAGACAUCUCUGUCUUUUUUCUAAUAUUAGAGGAAUAGUUUUCAGCUUUUCAUCAUUGAGUAUGAUGUUAGCUGUGGGCUAAUAUACAGGGAUAAAAUCCACUUGCUACUGGUGUAUGAUCCUCCUAAUAUGUUGCUGAAUGUGGCGUCCUUGAGGAAUUUUGCAUCUUCUUGUUGUAUCCUUGUCUAACUUUGGUAUCAGGAUAAUGCUGACCGUAUAAAAUGAGUUUGGAGGUGUAUCCUCCUCUUUAAUUUUUUGAAAGAUUUGAGAAAGGUUUGCAUUAAUUCUUUGAAUGGUUGAUGGAAUUCACCAAUGAAGUCCUCUGGUCCUGAGCUUUUAUUUGUUGCGAUUCGGCUUUCUUACUAGUAUUUGGUUUGAUCAAAUUUUAUAGUUCUUUAUGAUUUAGUUUUUACAGGUUGCAUGUUUCUAAGAAUUCAACAGUUUCUUCUAGAUUAUCCAAUUUGUUAGUUAAUAACUGUUCAUGGUGGUCUCAUGAUUUUUUUCAUUUUUGUGUCAUUAUUGUAAUCUCCCUUCUUUUAUGUCUGGUCUUAUUCAUUUGAGUCUUUUCUCUUUUUUUCUUAGUAGGUCUAACUAAAGGUUAAUCAAUUUUGUUUAUCUUUUUUAAAAAGACCCUUAGUCUCAUUUAUCUUUUCCAUUAUUUUUCUAGUCUCAUUUUACCUAUUUAUGCUCUGGUAGUUACUUUCUUCUUUUUACUAAUUUUAUGCUUAUUUCUUCUUUUUUUAGUUUUUUGAGGUGUGAGAUGAGAUUGAGAUCUUUCUCUUGAGAUAAGGAUUUAUCAACAUAAACUUUUCUCUUUGACUUGUUUUUGCUGCAUGGUAUGUUUUGGUAUAUAGUAUUUCCUUUUUCAAUUGCCUGAAAAAAUUUUUAAUUAGAAAGAAUUUUUGACUCACUGUUGUUUAGGAACAUAUCGUUUAAUCUCCACAUAUUUGUGUAUUUUCCAGUUUUUGUCUUUGAUGUUGAUCUCUAGUUGUAUGCCAUUGUGGUCAGAAAAGAUUCUGGGUAUGAUUCCAAUCUUUUAAAAUUUGUGAAGACUUGCUUUGCGAUCUAACAUAUAACCUAUCCUGGAGAAUGUUCCAUGUGCAAUUAAGAAAAAUGUGUAUUCAGGACGCCUGGGUGGCUCAGUUGGUUAGG